UCGGACAACUCAUCCCUCAGUGUCUGCUCGCAGAUCAGCGAAAUGCCGGACAUAUUGACGGUUGGAUCAGCUGAAGAAAGCCAAUUGGCCGCUGAAGUGAUGCCCAAACAAAUCAAAGAAAUCAAAGACUUUUUACUGACGGCCCGUCGAAAGGACGCGAAGUCCGUGAAGAUCAAGAAGAAUAAGGACAAC